AAAUGCACGUGUUUAUAUAGUAGCCAUUUUCAAUCAUCAAUUCGCUGUGAGUGAUGAAAGUUUGCUGCUUCCAUUUCGACAGCUUUCACAGCUGGGGCAUCAGCUUUAAAUCCUCCUUCAGCUCCAACAUGCCAACAACAAACAUUUUAAGACACUCAUUUAUAGUGUUUUCAGGUGUACUUUUUAGUUCAAACUAGCGAAUUUCUCUAAAUACGCGAGCCCACCCUUUCCCCUUAUCUAAAACGUAACUAAACUGAACUCACUCUUGUGUCUCCAUUUACUGUAUUCAUAGGCGAUGAAUUUACAGCUCUUUUAUUUUGAAGGUAAAUUCGACAAUUUCCUGAUGAUCUCGUCUCGAGUCUGCGCAGUAGAAACGGAUUAGAACCGGACUCACUUGACGUUUCACGGAGUCUUGGAAGAGAAGUGCUUAUUUUUCCUUUCACUUUUGACUUCUCCGGCAGCACUUCAUUGUAGAGCACAAUGGCUGAUUUAGUGACUUCAGAAGAGCAGAAAUUCUGCUUCCGCGAGAUCCUCGACACUUUCAGGUUGUGUCUCUCACCGAAUAAGGAAGUCUAUCUUGAACAUUAUGUCGCUGGAUGGCGUGGACUUAUAAAGUUCCUGAACUGCUUGGGCAGCGUCUUUAGCUUCAUUUCUAACGAUGCUGCCAGUAAGGUCCAGAUCCUGGUGAACCACCUGAACAGUGAGAACGGCUCUCAGUACGCCACUGUGCAGUCGAUGGUCAAAUACGAGCUGGAGGCUAAACUUGUGGAUUUGACCGAGACAGACAAGUACCCGGAGUCAGGCUGCCGCACUCUGCUGAGGCUCCACCGCGCACUGAGGUGGCUGGAGCUGUUCUUGGAGCGCCUCCGCACGAGUACGGAGGACAGCAAAACGUCUGUCAUGUGCUCAGAGGCCUACAAUGAGUCUCUCACCCAGCAUCACCCGUUGGUGAUUAGUAAGGCAGCAGGCACGGCGUUCUGCAUGCUCCCUGGACGGCCUGCUUUCUUUGAAGUCAUGAAUGUCGGCUCUCCUGAGCAGGUCGUGGUUGUGCUGGGUGAGGCUCUGCCUCUCAUCUCUGAGGUGUAUCAGAUCACAGAGGACCUGUACGCUCGUCACAAACUGCUCGACUUGCCAUAGAGAGAAACAAGUGCUGUUAUCACCUUUACCAAUAAUUGUUUGCAACUUUUUUACGGACUGUUGAGCCAGCUGCUACUACUGUUUGUCAAAGAGUUGUGUGUUAUAACUAAGUGUAAUUUUCCUGACUCUGAAUCUACUGUACUGUUUAAAUAUAAAAGGCUAUGUGUUUGUUUAUGGCA